GCCGAGAGAAACGCAGAGAAAAGCGUAUGCGACAGAGGAAAUCCAUGUGCCCUGCCGCGGCCACGCCCCACGCCCGCGCACUCCCCGCCAAGAUUUGCCACCAAUAACCCCCCCGCGUCCUCGUCCUCCUCCUCCUCCCUCGCCGCGAGCUCCGGCUUCCUCUCUCCCCGCGCGAACGCCGGGGCGCAGCGCGCAGCCAGGUAUACCCCACCCCCCCAACCGUCGCAUUCGCAUGGGAGCCGCGACUGCCCCGACGAAGCGGAGCCGCGGCCGCAGCAAGAGGCAGCAGGCCAUGAUGGCGCGCGCGGGCUCGGGCUCGGAGCAGGCGCGGCGGCGGCCGCGGCUGGUCGGGUACGAGGAGCUGCCGGAGUACCUCAAGGACAACGAGUACAUCCGCGGCCACUACCGCGCCGAGUGGCCCAUCCGCGACGCGCUCCUCAGCGCCUUCGCCUGGCACAACGAGACCCUCAACGUCUGGACGCAUCUCGGUGGGUUCCUCUUUUUCCUGGCGCUCGCGGUCGCCGGAGGAUGGACGGAGGCCGCCGACGAGGCCGCUCCGGGGAUCAUGAGGUUCGUGGUGAGAUCAGAUAAUGCUUCAUGGAACAGCCAGCAUUCAGGCCUGCCGAGGCACGACGCCGGGGCGUCGCUGUCCGGCGUGCCGCGGUGGCCGCGGAUGGUGUUCCUGGUGGGCGCCAUGUCGUGCCUGGCCAUCAGCGCGACGGCGCACCUGCUGGCGUGCCACUCGCGGCGCGCCAGCGUGGUGUUCUGGCAGCUGGACUACGCGGGCAUCUCCGUGAUGAUCGUCGCCUCCUUCGUGCCGCCGGUGUACUACGCCUUCCUCUGCCACCCGCCGGCGCGGGUGGCCUACCUGUCCGCGAUCACGGCGCUGGGCGCGCUGGUGGUGGCCGCGCUGCUCUCGCCGUCGUGCUCGUCCCCGCGCUACCGCCGCCUCCGCGCGGCGCUGUUCCUGGCCAUGGGCCUGUCGGGCGUCGUCCCGGCGCUGCACGCGCUGUGGCUCAACUGGGGCCACGCCGCCUGCUACCUGGCGCUGGGGCUCGAGGUCGCCAUGGGGCUCGCCUACGCCACGGGCGCCUGGUUCUACGUCAGCCGCGUCCCGGAGAAGUGGCGGCCCGGGGUGUUCGACGUCGUCGGGCACAGCCACCAGAUCUUCCACGUCCUCGUGCUCGUCGGCGCCGUCACGCACUACGUCGCCGUCGCCGUGCUCAUCCACUGGCGGGAGAAGAUGGCCGUCACCUGUGGCGCCGCGUCGUAGGCGGGCUUGCUGUUCUCUUGGCUUUUGCAGCAAGCCGGAGGUGCUUGAUCGGAUCCAUAGACAUCCAUCCAGAGCUUCAGUGUGCCAUUGGGGUUUGGUUGAUUCAGCAACCAUUCGAAUGGGCGAAACGAAGUAGACGCAGCAUAGAUCAGCUCUAGAGUUUGAGUGUGACAUUCGACGAUUUGUAAUUUAAUUAAUUGAUGGGAUGAUUGAGUAUGGUGGUUCAUUAAUUUAUGAGAUUUAUCUGUCGAGUGAGUGCCUUGGAUUUGCA